AUGAAUGCAAUUAAAAAGCAAAUGAAGUGCUCACCAUAUCGCAGCAAUUUCAGGAGAAGAACAUUUUACAGCUCUGUAGUUAUCAAUAGCUUUGACUUUAAGAACAACCAACAACUUUUACUCACAAAAGUUGAAGUAGUAAAAAAUAAAAGUCAACUAAUUAAUAACUGUUCGAAUUUUUUAAAAAAUUUUGAAAAUUUCUCAGUUAUUUGUUGCUCUUGCAAUGACCCAAAAAAUAAAGUUCAACUGAAAAAGUCGCUGUGGUUCUCAAGCAUAGGAUUAGAGAUAAAGGAUUUUCUAGACUACUGUUAUAAAGAUAAUGCUGAAUUAAAAAAAGAUAAAGUAAAAGUUUUUGAAGAAAUUGUAAAAUUGCAAUGCCCAGUAAUACUAAGGGACAAGAAUACGAUCCUGGUUGAAGGUGAAAUAGCCCCUAAGAAAGUAGUCAACUCAGCUAAAAGGAUAAGACACUUUUUCAAUAUAUCGGAAACGUGCAGAAGCUGCUACCAGAAAAAUAAAUGCAAACGAUUUCUGCAGAAAUACUCAGGUGAACCGGACUUUUCUGAUUUCACUCGAUUAAUGACGGGAUACUAUAAUAUAUGCAAAAUUUACAUAAAGAGAAAAGAUGAAGACCGAGAGGAGUUGAUUCCCAUAGUAGAGAAAGUGAACCACUUCCAUUUUGUUCUUUUCCACAUGUACAACUAUCUGCUUAAGCACAAGCAUUUUAACUAUAGCAAUGUUGAGGAAGGUAGUAGAACCGCCAUAUUGAAAUACUUAAAAGAGAAGAGAAAGAAUACGUUGUUAAUAAAAAAUCAGUUCAUACAAGAAAAACUUUUAAACAUACCGAAGGAAUACUCAGAUAUUAUGAUACCUACAGCUAAAGCUAAAAUGAAAAAAAGACAAAAAAAUAUUUUUGAGAGAGUACAAAAAUUUAAGAAAAAAUCAAAAAUAUCGGAAGCGGAAGAGGAGAAGUUCAUAUGGGUUGAGGAGACGGGGGAAGAAGGUGCUUUUCACCAAAACGAUAACAAUAUACAUAAUUCAGAUAAUCCGUGUGCUAAUGAAAUGGAUGAGGGUACGGAUGUGCUAAAUGACACAUACGAUGAUAUGCACAACACAUUGACUGAAAUAAAAAGUAGUUGUGAAAAUUCUCCCAUGCUUCGUUUUCACUAUAUAUCUAAAAAAGGGGAAGACAACUCAUAUGAUACCAUUUUAAAUUAUAAUAGCUUAUAUAAUAAAUAUACAGAGCUCCUAGAAAAAAGAGUGUACGUUAACUUGGAUGAUCAAGAGAUCAACGAGGACAUAAUUAAGAAUCUGGAGUUGCUAAAAGGAAGACAAGUGAAAACAAAUGACAGCAAACACAAUUGCGAACAGGACGAGGAAAUUACGGAGCUUACAGAUGUUAUAAAAAGAUCAUUAAAAGAUAGCUUUGAGUACAUAUACAACAGGAGUGAAGCAGAAAAAAUAGACAAAAAAAUAAACAGAAGAAGCAGAAUAAACUCACUGAUGAAAUUAGAAAGCCCCUCAUCUUCAUAUGGUCAACACGGUCAAGAGAAUGAUGACAGUGAGGAUGCAAGAUUUGAAUAUUUUAAGCAACUGAGGGACCGUUCGCCGAACUUUGAUGAGCAUGUCGAAAUAAAGGAAGAGUUCAACAGCAUAUACAAUGAUACUUAUCAUGCUCACAAGGGAGUUACGUUAGAAGAUAUUGAAGAAGAAAGGAAGAACCUCAUUGAGCGGGAUAAGAAAGAAUUAAAAGAGCACUCCUUUUACAUUUGUAAAAAUGCUAAAUUUCCGGAGCUGCAGAAUGGGGAGAACACGAAAACACUAAACCGAAACAAAUAUUUAAACGAUGAACUGCAAGAAUAUAUGAGACCUCAAUCUUCUGUCCAUAAAAAUAAUUUGAAGAUAAAGGAGUUAAAGGAGGAAACCAUACAGGCUCACUCCUCAUCGACAAAAGGGUAA